AUGAAGUGGUCUAUCAUUCUUGGAUUCCUAUUACAAGUCUUAUUUGUAAUGGGUUAUCCUGAAUCCAAUCGUCACUUAGAAGGACGUGGCUCGAGUGGUCUGGAAUCGAUACACCCAAAGGAACUUUCCAAGCGCUCGACAGCCCCAAGUAACCCGGCAGUCUGUCCUGGUCGAGCAGGGAAGCCAUUCAAUUUCGAUCUAAAAGAAUUUGGAAAAAUGAUCACCGCUCUGAUCUCGCGCCCAGCCUCAUGUGUUUACUUCUCAAACCUGGGUAUGUACGUCGAAACAUUGGACGGACAACCGGCCAUGUUCCAGGACUCCUCAGCCUCAAUGGUCAGAAAUUACUAUGGGGCUUUGAUCAGCGAAAAUUGUGAGGUUACCAGGCCUGUUAACCUUAAAAGCAACCCUCCUCCACCUAGCGCGGAUGACAACUUGAAAAUCAUGGUAGUCUUUUAUGACACUUAUGCCGAUUCCAAGCAAGUUGAGACGUGCGACAAAGAGACGGAGGAUUACAUGCGUUCCUUGUAA